CCACCAGCAGGGGGCGGCGUCACGUCAGCCGCUGUUGACUCUCAAAGGAGGCGCAGAAGAAGAAGCCUAAAAAGGGGCGGGGCCUGGUUGGAGGUAAAACCUGAAUUUCUGUUGCUUCGGUAGAUUUUAGUUUUCCCUCUGAAGCUCUGAGCGGAAUAAAAACUGGGUGUUUAGCUGCGGACGGACAGAAGAAAAGGAAACAUGGAUGCAGGUGAAGAACAGAACACGGGCGGCACCACUAAUGGGACUCCUCAGGCCAGUGGGAACUCCAGAGCACCUCAGAUCGCGCACAUGUCUCUGUACGAGAGACAAGCUGUGCAGGCUCUUCAGGCUCUGCAGAGGCAGCCGCAGGCAGCUCAGUACUUCCAGCAUCUCAUGCUGCAGCAGCAGAUCAACAACGCUCAACUCCACAACCUGGCCGCCGUGCAACAGGCCACGCUCGCCGCCAGCCGCCAGUCCAACACUCCCAGUAACAGCAUGUCCCAAGUGGCCACCACCCAUCCGUCUGGAUCCCGUCAUGUUACCAUGGAAACCAGCAUCUCCCGGCAGUCGAUCUGCCCGGAACCUCCUCCGUUCUGCUCAUUCUGA